AUAAAGUCCAAUUAUGACUUCAGGUGUGUUCAUUGUGAAGACGACUGCGAAAAAAUAAGAAGUUUGGCUUCAAAGCGGGGGAAAGAAACGGAGAAGCCGAGUUCUGACAGGUUCUGGUGUUAUUUUGUGUGCUCAGUUACGGCUAAUUAACGUCGGGUUGAUAAAAUAGGACCAGUGUUUUUUUCCCCUUUCAUCUGGAUGAGGUCACGCGCUGCCUUUGAGUCGCGGAAGAUACCCCGGAGGAGUUCAGGAGAGAGAGAGAGAGACAGAAAGGAGGAAGCCCGUCGAUUUGACUCCACACACCCCCUUCUCCUCCCCUUCCUCCCCUCUAUCCCACUGGACUCAUCACCCUGAUUGAUCGCCGGGUGUCUUCCCGGAGGAAGCCCUCCUGCGAGGAGCUAGGAGGACCGAAGGAGGUGGUGGUGGUGGAGGAGGAGGAGUAAGGAAGUUCAGAUGUGGGAUUGAUGGGCACACACCUACUGUAGGCUCCCGGUGCCUAAUGGGAGCAGCGGCGGCGGCGGCUGCAGCAGCGCGCGCCGGGGUCUCGAUCCAGCUGUUCCCGCGAGCCAGACUGCGAUCCGCGCGUGGGAAAAUGACAGUGAAGCUCGCGCUCAUCCUGGUCACGCUUCUGCUCGCUCCAGGUGCUCGUUCUGAUUUGCUGGAUUAUGGAGAUGACGAAGAAGACCUCCAUGACACCACCGUGAACCAGGUGCUGGUGCCCAGGUCCCACCAGGAGGACGCCACACGGAUACUGAACACACUGCUGAGGGACUAUGACAAGACGCUGCGGCCAGACAUUGGAGAGAAACCGACGGUCAUCGAUGUGGGCAUAUACGUCAACAGCAUCGGGCCAGUGUCAUCCAUCGAUAUGGUGAGUCUGCGGAGAUCAUCACUCCUUCACCUCAUCUCCGUUCUCACACCCACGUGAUCGUCUAUUAUCGGACGCCAGUUUCAUCAAACACGAGUGCCGUCAUUUCUCAUGGAGGUUAUGUGGGCGGCCACAGCUGUUUUUGUACCGCACUCUGAGCCAAGAAAGGCAGGUGUGGAGGGUAUCUAUUUAUUUAUGCUACAGUUUUGUGGAUCAGCUGCAAUUAAGCUCCAGAGUUUUUAGUUUUUUUUUUUUUUCAUUUUGGAUCAGUGUGGAAAUUCAAAGGAAAAAAAAGAGACCAGGAUGUGGACGGAUGCGUAUUUCACCAUGGCGAGCGUGAUCAGAUCCAAUAAAACAUAAAAAUCCAAGACUGAAAGCUUGAUUUGCAGCAACGAGGAAAUAGCUGCCGCUCGGCCUUGAGUGAAGUGCGGCGCGCUAAAUGGAUGCUGCCUUUCAUCACUUAUUAUGCAGAAGUCUGUUCAAACGCUGUCAGAACAGUCGAAUGAGAGAUUUAUUUUUCGCUAUGAUCAUUCUGCCUCACAACAUAAUAAGUGUAUUGCUUUGCAAAUAUUCACCCGGCUUGAUGAGAUCAGGAAAAGCGAUUUUAUCUCUGAAGUCAGAAGGAGAAUGGAAUGGUUGCUUGGCAACGUAAAAAAAUCAAGAUAUGAAAUCAAUUUAGUCUUUUUUAACUGUUGGCAAGGCUUCAGAAGACUGUUUAUCUUUGACACUUUUACAAACGUAUUAAAAUACAGAGCUGUGGAAUUUCGUAGCACUUUUCUUAACAGAAUAACUUAUUUUUCUCAUACUUUUUUUGAUCUUGGGAAAAUAUUUUUUCCAGGAUGCUUCGUCACAUGGCCUGCCGGGAUGGGGGAUUGAAUUUAUGACUUUUGGAUCAUGCGACAAGCACUCUACCUGUUUAGUCACAGUUGUCACCAAUUAUUUUAACUCAGCUGCAUUGGAGGGGUAGCCUAGAAAGAUUUUACUCUGCAGGUCAGUCUAAGGAGCCUAAAGCUUGGUUUAUGCUUGCGUCCGCACGGCUCCGCGCGGAACAGUUGCGUCAUUUUAACAACCGCGCCUCCGCACAGCCAAACUUUCCGCACCGCGCACCUAGGAAAUUUUCUAACCACGCGGACGGUCGGACACGGAAAAACAUGGCGGACUGGCAAGAACUAGUAUGGCAGAGGUUCGUGAAUACAGACAUUUGUAUGAUUCAGCUCUCAGAGAUCACCGUGAUCAACAUGUUAAUAAUUCUUGGAGAGAAAUAGCUCACACUGUCGGAAAAGACGAGGACGCUGUUAAAAAAUGCUGGAAUGCCAUGUUGUAAACGACAGUAAUUUUUACUUCUACUAUGGUGUAGUGUUAGGUGCAUGCCGUAGAGCUCCAUGCUGCCCCCUACAGUUUGGGAGAAUAUUGGCUCACCGCAGAGACAAGCCGCAUGAACCAUAAACGCUGCAAGUUGUGAAGCGCGUUCCAUCCGCGAGCCGCAUCACCAAGCGGAAAGUAAAUGCGUCAAGCAUAAACCAAGCUUUAGUCAUGCCCAUCUACUUCUGGGCUCCCUGGAAGAAGGAAAAAAAAUUAAUGCAAGUCAAUCUGCCUAAAAACGUUAUUUUCUAAUGCCGGUUGUUAUGUGAUGUCACAAAUGAUGUCCGUGAACUUUAAGGACGCAAUUUGAUACCAAGAACGCACUUAUUUUUGAACAGGGGAGAACAUUAUUUUAGGGAUUAAAAUGAUUUUCCCAAACGAUCUUGAAGCCGUCAAGUAUAUUUUUGGGAAAUGUGAAACAGGGCUUUGUGUUUAUUUUUUCUUCAGCAGUAAAUCCAAACCUAACUCCACCCGUCUCUUAUUCUUAGCUAAGACAUGAACUCUGGCCAAAAGGUGCAAUAUGUAAGAAUUUAGUAAGAAUGACCUCCUGUGGUCAAAUUAGGUUACUGCAGGCAAUUUUUCUCUGCAAAAAGUUAUUUUCUCACAUCUUUCUGUGGGACUCAUGGCAGUUGCCAGUUACGGAUCAGCGCCAGAAGAUUCUAGAUGACAAACGAACACAAGUCAUACACAAAAAGUUGAUUAGUAGAUAAAUAAAUUGUCAUAACUGGUGUUUGCGCUCUUGGGUGUUUUACGGUAGGGAGAACUUACUACACUUAUUACGGUAAUUUGUCUCCAGCAUUAGAGGAAGUGUUUUUUGCCAUCUUGCUUUUAGCUUGCUGUUAUAGUUCUGAUCGACUCAUUAAAGGAAGUAAAAUGCCACAAUUGAAUUAUUCACUUCACACAUACAUUUCACGGUUCAUUGGAAAAGUGGCUUGAUAUAUUUUGAGAGCUGAAUUUUUGCAUCUAAUUCACUGUUAGUAGGGAUGUCCCGAUACCACUUUUCUACUUCCGAUAUGAUACCGAUAUUGUAGCCUUCAGUAUUGAUCAAUACAGAUAUCAAUCCGAUAGGUUAUUAGCAAAAAUCAUACAUAUGUUUAUAUAUUUUGUAGUGUGGAAUGCACGAAAGGCUUAAGUGAGUGAUUUUACUCAAUUGGAGAACAAGAUUCAAUAAAAGUAAGUAUGAAAAAAAGAUUUUUUUCUCUUUUUUUAUUUCAUUCAAAAUAAAAACAAAUAAAAGAUCUAAACAAUAAGAAUUACAUAACAAAAAAAUCUAAUUUGAACGAAAAGGAGCAGAAUAAAGAAAAACAUCUUAUAAUUUCUACCCCCUUUUCCAGAAGAAAUAAUCUAUUUAUAUAUAAUUACCAUUUGUCAGACACACAUACAGAUUCAUUUAAAACUUUUUCCUGUUCUAAAUUCCAGUGCUAUCAUGAUCAUUGAUUUAAUUUACAUUUUCACAAUUAUUUAGUACACUCAAUUUGGUACAUUUUUUGAAUAUAUUAAAUGACAGAGUUUUUUUAGUUUCCCUUUUAAGGUUAUUCCAUAACUAAACACCAUUUACAGAUAUAUUCCACUCCUUAAUUUUAGUUCUAAAUCUAGGUUUUGUAAACACAUCAGUUUCUUUCAGCAUGUAAUUACUAGUUCUCUUUUCAAUUAUCCCCUGAAUAUUUGCUUGCAGAGUACCUAAAUUGGCUUUAUACAUGGUUUGUAAGAUUUUCCAGUCUUUUAAAUCAUGAAAUUUCAGUAAUUUAUAUUUAAUAAACAAUGGGUUUGAUGGAUCUCUACAGCCACUAUAACUGGUGAUUCUCAGAGCUCUUUUCUGUAAAAUAAAUAAGGGUUGUGUAUAGUUUUUGUAUGUUGCUCCCCAGAUUUCUACACAAUAAGUCAAGUAUGGAACAAUCAGUGAAUUGUACAAUGCCAACAAACCAGAAUUAGUCAGUAAAAACUUGACUCUAUGUAAUACUCCUAAGGAUUUGGCUAUUUUACCUUUUAUGUAACUAAUAUGGGCAAGGGUGUCAGUUUGGUUUCAGAAUUGUUGGGGACAAUAACCAUACACUUGAGUGGGGCUUAAAAAUUGCUGGGGACAAUAAAGUAGGCUAGCACAGGGGUCAGCGGCUCUUUAGCCGGAUGCGGCUCUUCCAUCCAUCUGAUGCUCUGUGCUUGUAAAAUAAUGAAUCGAUAUUUAAAUAAAAAGCUUUAUAUUUUACUGCAUUAAUUUUACAUCUGUAUGCUAAUUCUAAAUGUAAAGAUUGUCUGCGUAAACUUGAACAGGUCAACCCGGUCCUGUGAGACCGGGUUGACGGGUCACGCUUGUGCGUAAUCAUAUGCGCUUCCUGAGCUGGAGGAUGUCAGAUUCUGGGAUUCUCCUCAGACGGCUCCUGCGUCGCCACAUUGGAGACAGGAAAAAGCGCUAUUCAGCCAAAGUUUCAUAAUCAGGGAACAUUUUCUAAGUGACAAGUCUCUGAGAGACAGGGUUUGGAAAACACUCGCUUCAGGGAGGAACCUUCCUGCAUGCGCUCUGGUUCUGAGAGCCUGGAUUUGUAUUCUGAACAGUCUAAACAUGUUUUUAAAAGAAACGUAUGACAAAAGUGGUACCUGCUCAUAAAACCACCAACAGGGUGAAAAAUAUCAAAAUAUUGUAGGCAGAGACGGGCUUCUGGAUCAUCUUUAUAUAAAUCGUUUUAUUGAUUAUCUUCUUAUGAAAGAUAACUUUGACGUACACGAGCGACCAGGCGCGUGGGAGAUGUUGUCUGUGCCUAAAAUAAUUUGAUGUUAUUCACCUUGUUAGUUUAAUUUCCAUAAUAGCGGAGCAGGUGUGAAUUUUAGACGCGUCACGCAUGUCUCCGUUUUAAACAUGUUUAAACUGUUGAGAAUACAAAUCCAGGCUCUGUCUCGUUAGAUUGGUGUAACUAAAGUUUGUACUGAAUGAAACUUUACAUUAAACCAUGUUGAAGAGAAAAGGAUCCGAUUAAAUCGUUUCCCCUCAUUUACAGUCACGACGUACAGCGCAGUGCGCGUGGCUCUGGGGUUAAUCAGGUUUAGUUGUUUCUCUUUGCAACAAUCUUCACAAGAAGGUAAAACAGUUAAAUGACAGGUUACAGAUAUUUCCAUUUGACUGUAUUUUGAUGGAUAAACUCAAGGAUGCUGGCUGUUUUGAAAGAAUUACCCCGACGCACACUGAUGCGCAUGGAUGAGCUUGGAAAAAUGUUCUUUUUAUGAAAUUAUUAAACUAUGGCUGAACAGCGCUUUUCCCCGUCUCUGGAUGCGUCAUGCGUCUCCAUAUUAUAAUAUGGAGACGCAUGACGCAUCCAGUCUGAGGCAGAAUAGCAGCGCAGAAAGCACCUGUAGAGACAUUUGAUCACGCACAAAGUUUAUGUGGAGCAGGUCGGGCCACGACAGGUGAAAUGUUCCUAGCCUACAUGAAGUGAAACUGUUUAAUUGUAACAUUAAUAUGUUACUGGACAUGCUGGUCUGGUUGGUUAGACCAGUGUUGGAAGUGGAAAACAAACACACACACACACACACACACACACACACACACACACACACACACACACACACACACACACACACCAAUUAAAAUAAUGCUGAUAGCAUGGACUAGACGACAGGUGAUGGUUUUAUUCAAAUGAUGAUCAGGCUGCUGUAAAAUGUAAUCUCAAUCCACAUCCAGACAGAAUGAUCCUCUAUUCUAGUUGCUCUGCUCUUGUCUGGGCUGAUGUAGCUGACGGUGCGCGCGGCGCGCCUAACGGCUGUGGUGCAUAUUUUACGCAUUUGGAGAGAUGGGCUGGAUGCUUUGCUUUUACUGGAAGAUGGUCCACUUAACGCACGGGUGUAGACUACAUAUUAAUGACAAAUGAAUGAAAAUUAAACUGGGAGUUUUUACUUCAUAUUUUAUAAAUAAAAAUGACGGGGUAAAACAUUUUUGACGUAUUUUUAAACGAAAUUUUCUAGCGCGACCUGCCUGCUUCACUUAAGUCACUGCUUAUUAAGGUCCGUCCAAAAUUACCGUGGCCCACCCAAAAAUGAAAACCUGGCGCCGCGCCUGUUAUAAACCUCUGCAAAUUGUUGUUCUUCACUUUAUCAAACUCAGACUUUGUACAGCUAAUGUCAAGAUGUAAAAUUAUGAAUUCAGUCGAGCUCUUCCGUCCCUCCCUCUCCUGCUCUCCUGGAAACCCGACAUUGGCUGUCAGAAGUGGAGGUGAAGAAGGAGAUGAGGCAAACAGAGUGAGUGUGCGACAUAAAGAAACCAGACUGGUGUGGAGGUGAGCAAAACAGCUGGAAAAGUGUGGGCGUUGAAUCCCCCACGGGUGCGACGCCCAUGCGAGCGACUGCUGCUGUCACCUGGUUGUGAGCAGCUCUCUGCUGUCUGAGGGUAGGCACCGCCCACAACGCUGCGGCUACUGCGGUGUUUUCUUUACUGUGGGAAACGGGUAAUAAUGGCUCUUUGAUGGGAACAGGUUGCCGACCCCUGGUAUAAGAUCUGAGCUGGUAAAACAAAAAUCCUCAUCAGCAGGCUUUUUUUAAAGUGGGGGGGACACAGCUGCCAAUCACAAAUUUUGCCGGGGACAUGUCCCCGGUGUCCCCGGUUAAACUGACGCCUAUGAAUAUGGGAUUUCCAUGUCAAGUCUUCAUCAAUAAGAACUCCAAGAAAUUUAGUUUCUUUUACUCUUUGAAUUGCAAUCCCAUCUAUUUGCAAGGAUACAUCACUCUUCUUUUUAUCAUUAAAAAGUAUAAAAUGUGUUUUAUUAAGAUUCAGUGUCAAUCUAUUUAUAUCAAACCAGUUUUUAAUUUUAAUCAGUUCAUCAUUUAGCACUUUAGCCACCUCCUCAAUAUUUGAUCCUAAGUAAAACCAUCAUCUGCAAAUAGAAUGGUACAGAGUGUCUUAGAUACAUUUACCAAGUCGUUAAUAAACAAAAUGAACAGUUUUUGUCCGAGGACCGACCCUUGUGGCACUCCACAAUGAAUUUCACAUAAUUUUGAUUUUUGGUCCUUUAUCUGAACAAACUGUUUUCUUUUUUCUAAAUAAGUUUUAACCCACUGAUGAGCCACACCUCUUAUUCCAUACUGACUUAAUUUUCGAAGUAACCUUGAGUGAUCAAUGACAUCAAAAGCUUUUUUCAAAUAAAUGAAAACACGAACAAAGUCAUUUUUAUUGUCAAUUGCUGUUGAUAUUUUAUCCGUUAAUUCCAUUAUUGCCAUUGCUGUGGAAUGUUUAGUUCUAAACCCAGAUUGUUCAUUGUUUAAAAUAUUAUUUUUUUCGAUGAAUUUAUCCAGCCUUGAUACAAAUACUUUGUCCAAUAUUUUAGAAAACUGUGGAAGCAGUGACACUGGCCUGUAAUUAUUGAAACUAUGUUUAUCACCACUCUUGUACAAAGGAAUGACUCGCUGUUUUCAAUGUGUCAGGAAAAUUUCCAGUAGAAAGUGAUAGAUUACAAAUGUAAGUGAAUGGUUCAAUGACAGAUUCUAUCAUGGUUUUAACAGUUAUCAUGUCCAGGUCCUGAUAAUCGGUUGAUCGUUUGUUUCCACAGUUUUUUACAAUGUUUCAUAUUUCUUCUUUAUCUACUUUGUCAAGGACAAUACUACUGACAGUACUAAUAGUGGUCAAUUUAUCUUCUAUUACUGGUUUGUUCUCCAUCAAACUCCUACCUACAUUUACAAAAAAAAUCCUUAAACUCAUCAGUGAUUUCUUUAUCAUCAUAAAUAUCUUUUUUGUCCUUGACAAAGUGAUUUGGAAUACUGGAUUUUGUUUUCUCUUUAUUUGUCACACUGUUUAGUAUUCCCCAAGUAGCUUUAGUGUUGUUUUUAUUCUGAUUCAAUAGAUUACCAUAAUAAUCUUUUUUUACUUCCUAAUUAUUGUUACCAAUUAAUUUUUAUAUUUUUUAUAUCUAUCUUCUGCUUCCCUUGUUUGCAAUUAAAAAAAACUCCUAUAUAAAUUAUUCUUUUUUGCACACGCAUUCUUUAAUCCCUUAGUCAUCCAAGGUUGAUUUUCCUUUUUACCUGUAGAUUUGAUUAAUUUGCAGUUAUCGUUAUAUGAGCUCAACAGUAUUUUCAUGAAGGAUGUGUAUGCAGCGUUGACAUCACUGACGUAUACCUCCUUCCAAUUUUGUUUAUUAAUAAUCUUUAUUUAACUUUUAACCAUUGUGUGCAAAAAUGCAAACCUUAACGGAUUGCUGAUAUCGGAGAUUUUUGAUGUAGUCGGAUAUAAUCCGAUACAGUGAUUUUGGGCCGAUAUCGAAUUACUUUCGAUAUUGAUAUUGGAACGGGACAUCCCAAACUGUUAGCAUUGUUAGCUCAACAUUAGCCUGCUUCACCUAUAAAACUAAAAAAUGCUGUGGCUUC